UAAUCUCGUUUAUGCCUGUCAGCAACCUCAAACAGGAAACACCUUCCCCCUCCCCUCUCCACAGGGUCCAAACAUAAGCAAAAGUCCAAGACACACAGCAAGUAGCCAAAGGCUACCUGCCUGACCAUGGUACGUCGACGCCUUCGUCUUUUUCCCCGCAACCAAUGGGGCGAGUGAUUGGGCACCCCAUCAAGGCCACUAAGGAAGCAAAGCACUACUACUAUGUGCCUUAGUGGGUGCGUUAGUCCAAGGGUGUCUGUCUGUCUGUCUCUCUGUCUUGUUUUCUUUACGAAACAAGAAAGAAAAUAAGACGGGGAAAAAAAAAAACAGAAAAUAACUAUUGUGUCGAGCUAGCCGCCUAAACUUUCCAGGAGUGCCAAACAAGCCCUGAUCGUCUCACAUCUGCGGGCCACGGGGACGUGCCACACCCUGAAGGAUCUGGAGAAGAUGAUCCCGUCGGUGGCCUCAAUAAACGGGAUACAGGUGAAGGAGUACGUUCAGGAAUUGGCGGAUGAGAGACGGAUCCGGGUCGAGAAGAUCGGUAGUGGGAAUUGGUAUUGGUGUUUUGGGGGAGAGGAGAAGAAAGAGCGCGAGGAGCGGAUCCGGAGGUUACGGAGGGAGGUGGAUCGGGUCCGAGGGAAUUGGGAAGAUGCGGAGGCUAGAUUGUCUGCGCGGAAGCAGGCGAGAGUGCAGGAAGAGGCCGAAGAGGCGCAUGGGGAUGGGAAUGGGAAUGGGAAUGGUGAGGAAGAGCGCCGGAGAUUGAUGGAGCAGAAGGCUGUGCUCGAGCGGGAGACACAUCAACUGCAGGGGGAGUGGAUGGCGUUGGCGACGAGUUCGGAGGGGAAAAGCUUACCGCAGAUUAAAGAGGAGACGGAGGAGUAUCGGCGACUGGCACAUCAGUGGACGGAUAACAUCUACAUCUUGGAAGGGUAUGUGGAUAAGGUGACCGGAGGGGAUCGGGAGGUGUUGCGGAUGGUGCAGCGGGAAUGUUAUAAGGAAGAAUACGUGGAGGGGGAAGGAUUGCGUGAGCUAGAGAUGGAGAUGAAGUAAUCCGGUUCUGAUCACUAAUGGAUGGAUUGGAUGUGGUUGAUGCUUAGGAAUAAAUAGUGGUGGUGGUGGUUGUUAUUAGGAUGGGCCGUCAUGGAAUCCAUCAAUCCAUCCGUCGGGAAGUUUGUCAGCGGCUGCUCACCACUAGUUUAAACUAGUAGUACUUUGUGGUUAACUUGGUCCAUUUGAGGGGACUAAUUAGUUAGUCAGUUUUAUUUCGAGUUAAUGAGCCACGAGUGGUAGUCAAUGUGACUAGUCAGGGAAAGGAAAAUGGGGGGAGAAUCAUACUAAUAACUAAAAG